GACGAUACGAUACCCACAACCAAGGAAAUCUGCUGAUGGCGCUUUGUAGCUACUCAUGUUAGACACGCUGUACUACAUUAUAAUAAUUUUAAUAAUCUAGCGCCAGAAACGGACGCAUGAAGUCCUGCGAAAACAACCAGCAUAUGAGUGAAUUGCUUGAGUUGUCUACAUACCCCAAAAAACGGUAUGUAAAGUGGUGCAAAUCUGAUGGAUUCCUUGGUUUUUUCCCCGUCGGAUCCUCAUCCGGGAUACGCAUGUCAUCGAACGCCCCUCCCGCCUUCUCCUCAAUACUCGAGUCCCCCAAGGUUUCUUUCCCCACCUUUCCGCAAUGAAAAUAGGAAAAUCUCCGCUCUUCUCCGCUCUUUUGGGUCUUUCCACUACCCUUUUUUUUCUACCCUUUAUUUUUUUCAGGGAUUUAUACUUUUUUGCUUUUAUACUUUGAGAAAUGAUUUUUUUUCUAGGUUUAUUAUGGCUAGCUCUUGGAUAUUUCAGCAUAGUUGUAGUUCUGUAUUAUACAUCGCAUCGUACAUGUGGAGGAGACAUCCAUGGAGAGGCAGAGGGGGUGGUUCACCUAGUUUAGUAGUAUUGUACCGUGUAUGAUUAAUUACCCCACUGUUUUUUCUACGGCUAGUAUGGUAGCAGUAGUCCCUUGCCACUUGCCCCUUGUCCCCUGCCUUAAUCCCCCUGAACGCCAUGAGGAUUUUGAAUUGUUCGGUUUGAUUGUUGAUUAGCUGUUUUGGCUUUUAUGCUUGGCUGGCGGGGG